CAAAAUUUGUUUACAAUUUUCCACGAGUGCGGUGUUUUUGUUUGUUGGCGAAAAAUCAAGGAAACUUCAGAAAACACUAAUAUUCGGAGAAUAUCUUACACUUCAUUGAAAGACCAUACAAUCAGACAUAGUGUCAGCAUGUCCGGCAAGGCGAGACUCUCGAAAACUAUCCUGGAGAUGAAAUUCAUGAAGAAGACCAAAGAAAAGGUGCUGAAAGCUGAGGAAUCCCAGGAAACUGGCUCCAUGUAUUCCAGCGAGAUCACACAGAAAAUGCUCUCAGGCUCCAAUUUCAUCGCUGAACCUAGCUACGUCCACUGCGAAGGCCUCAUGAUCGGCAGAUUCAGCUUCGGCGGCAUGAAUCCCGAGCUCGAGAGAUUGAUGGAGAAGGAACAGGCCGGGAAGAUAAAUGAACACAUGGAGGAGCAGAAGCAGAUGAUAAAGGACGUGUCGGAUGAUAAAAUGGCACUGCAUUACACGAAAGUGCAGAAAGCCCUCAGCAAUAAAUACGCGGCGAAGGAAAGGAAGUUUCACGGGACGAGAGAUGGGAGAAUUCAGAAGAAACCCUGGAAGCAGCAAAAUCCUAAAUUUUAAUUUUAGAGGAAUUUAGUUGAUAUUUGUAAGUUUAUCACGGCUAUCCAGGAGAGAUCCUGGAAAUAAAGGACGUAUUUAGCAUA